AUGUCCUGUCUCAGCUGCAGCCGAGAAGAGUGUGACCUGCUGACAGUGGUCUCGGGCCCCUUGCCGGGCCAGGUGGUGGCGCCGGUGUCCGGGAGCAGCCUGGGUGUGUGGCGUGCGGAGAUCAAGCCAAGGGUGCGUGAGAUCCACCUAUGCAAGGACUAGCGUGGCAAGACGGGGCUGCGACUGCGGGCCAUCGACAAGGGGCUCUUUGUGCAGUUGGUCCAGGUCAGUACUCCCGCAUCCCUUGUGGGGCUGUGCUUUGGGGACCAGAUCCUGCAGAUUGAUGGGCGUGACAGUGCUGGGUGGAGCACAGACAAAGCACACCGGGCAGUGAAGAGGGCCUCAGUGGUGAUCAUCAUGGUUGUUCGGAACAGGCCAUUCCAGCGGACUGUCACCAUGCACAAGGACAGCACUGGCCACGUUGGUUUCAUCAUUAAGAAGGGGAAGGUGGCCUCUGUAGUCAAAGGGAGUUCUAUGGCCCGCAGUGGGCUCCUCACCAACCACUGUGUGUGGGAAGUGAAUGGGCAGAAUGUCAUCCGGCUGAAGGACAAAGAGGUCAUGAAGAUUCUGGAGAUGGCCGGGAAUGUUGUCACACUGACCAUCAUCCCAGCUGUGAUCUAUGAGCACAUGGUCAAAAAGCUGUCCCAGGCUGUGCUCCACUACACCAUGGACCACGCCAUCCCAGAUGCCUGCCGUCACAGGAGGGCAGCUGAGCCCUCCCACCCUCCUGCAGGAAAGGAAGAGCCCCUCAAGGAUGAGUUUCAGAGGCCUGCCGCCUGGGAGCCGGGAUGGGGGUCUUGA